GGAAGUCUAUCCGGGCUUUCGCGUCACCACCCUGCCCACCUGGGUGGCGCGUGGCUUACGCAACGGUUACUGGGCUCCUGGGCCGCUCCCGGGCCAGCGAGGGCUGCCAAAGAAGUUGUAGCCUGGUUAAGAAUCAUUGCUGAGGAACAACUACAGUCAUAUGGAGCAUGCAUACCACAGAAUCAAAAAAUGAACAUUUGGAGGAUGAAAACUUCCAAACAUCUACAACUCCUCAGAGUCUCAUUGAUCCUAAUAAUACUGCACAUGAAGAAACUAAAACUGUCUUAUCAGAUACAGAAGAAAUAAAACCACAGACAAAAAAGGAGACAUACAUUUCUUGUCCUCUAAGAGGAGUAUUGAAUGUAAUUAUUACAAAUGGAGUUAUACUGUUUGUGAUAUGGUGUAUGACCUGGUCAAUCUUAGGCUCUGAAGCUCUCCCUGGUGGAAAUUUAUUUGGAUUGUUCAUUAUUUUUUAUAGUGCCAUUAUUGGGGGAAAAAUUUUACAACUUAUUAGAAUACCUUUAGUGCCUCCACUUCCACCUCUUCUUGGGAUGUUACUGGCUGGUUUUACGAUUAGGAAUGUUCCAUUCAUCAAUGAACAUGUCCAUGUUCCUAACACAUGGUCUUCAAUUUUAAGAAGCAUUGCCCUUACCAUUAUUCUAAUACGAGCUGGGCUUGGACUCGAUCCACAGGCUUUGAGGCAUUUGAAGGUCGUUUGUUUCAGAUUGGCUGUAGGUCCAUGCCUUAUGGAGGCAAGUGCAGCUGCUGUUUUUUCACACUUCAUUAUGAAAUUUCCCUGGCAAUGGGCAUUUCUAUUAGGUUUCGUUCUAGGUGCUGUCUCUCCUGCUGUUGUUGUCCCUUACAUGAUGGUGUUGCAAGAAAAUGGAUAUGGUGUUGAGGAAGGCAUUCCAACCUUAUUAAUGGCUGCUAGCAGUAUGGAUGACAUUCUGGCUAUCUCUGGAUUCAAUACAUGCUUGAGCAUAGUCUUUUCCUCAGGUGGUAUACUUAAAAGCGCCAUAGCCUCUAUAAGGAACAUAUGUAUUAGUCUGCUGGCAGGAAUUGUUUUGGGAUUUUUUGUUCGAUAUUUUCCAAGUGAAGACCAGAAAAAUCUUACAUUGAAGAGAGGAUUCCUUGUUUUGACUAUGUGUGUUUCUGCCGUCUUAGGCAGCCAACGUAUUGGUUUACAUGGAUCUGGAGGAUUAUGCACACUAGUGUUGAGUUUCAUUGCAGGGACAAAAUGGUCCCAAGAAAAGAUGAAAGUCCAAAAGAUUAUUACGACUGUAUGGGAUAUUUUUCAACCACUUCUUUUUGGUUUAGUUGGAGCAGAAGUAUCUGUUUCAUCGCUUGAAUCAAAUAUUGUUGGCAUAUCUGUUGCCACUCUGAGUUUGGCAUUAUGUGUUCGAAUUUUAACCACAUAUCUAUUGAUGUGCUUUGCUGGUUUUAGUUUUAAGGAGAAAAUAUUUAUUGCUUUAGCAUGGAUGCCCAAAGCUACAGUACAGGCUGUGUUAGGUCCUCUGGCUCUAGAAACAGCAAGAGUCUCCGCACCCCACUUGGAACCAUAUGCGAAGGAUGUGAUGACAGUAGCAUUUUUAGCCAUCUUGAUCACAGCUCCAAAUGGAGCUCUACUUAUGGGCAUUCUGGGGCCUAAAAUGCUUACACGCCAUUAUGAUCCAAGCAAAAUAAAACUGCAGUUGUCAACAUUAGAACAUCAUUAAAAAGUUUACCUGUCA